AUGGCCAACCCCUGCUGCGGGCUGAAGCGCGUCCCAGUCCGCGGAUGCAGGAGGAAGUGUCCCGGGACUUCAGGAACCAAGCGCUUCUGCCAGGCUCUGCAGCAACCCGCCCCCAAGAGCCCAACGCCCCCCAGAGCUAAGCACACUCCAAGCCCGAACAGGGGAACAGAUCCGGCCAAACCCAAGAAGACUAUGACGGCCAUCCCCACGCUGGUCAGCAUCAGACCGAGGCAAAGCAGUGCACCCUGGGGGAUCGGCAUUAUGGACCUCAGCACCCAACACCACCCAGUCUACCAGACAGACGCACGCAUCCAAGCCCCGUGA